CAGCCGAACCUUCUCUUCUCCUUUAAUCAUCUCGUUAUUCCUUUAUCAGGAAAGAAGGAGAUGUUACCUUUCUGUUAUACUGUCUCAGCCUUGCAGUGCGUAUGAUAGCCUAGCCCUUAGUUACCUGCCAAAUGUCGUAUUCGUACUCUCACGAGACCCGUCGCCGCCGGCCAGCUGGGACGGGCUUUUCGGCCUCGGGAAGACGUACAGCGCUGGGGUACUGGGUGCCGCUCGCGCUUACGGUGACUGUCGCGACAAUUGGACUUGCAGCUUGGAUAUGGAGCGAACGCAACGACGACGACGAGAAUGAUGGCGGUGACGGGGAAUAUCGCGGGGGUGAACAUCAACCUCCGGAGUACGAGACUGUACCUCCGGGGGUUCCUGGUCCGGACUAUGCCAGAACUACAUCCACCGAUAUUCGUGACCAAGAUAGCGCUGGUAUGAUGGCACGCAUGCAGGGCGCGCUGCGUCGCACGCCAAGCCCGCAGCAGAUAUUCGAUGGUGCCAGCAGGAGAGUGGCAGCCGGUGUUGCCGCGGCCGGUGCUAUGGUUGGAGGCGCGCUGACUUCCAUCCGAGAGGAGGGAAGAGGGGACUUCGAAGAUCAUUCUCGGUGGUCCGAAGAGGUCAGCGCGAGAGAGAAUACUGUGUCGCAAUCAACAGCAGCAGGCCCAGCGAUGAGCGGGGCUCUACCGACACGCGCAGUAGAUGCGUCAAGCUCUCUUACCAAGAGAAAGAAGACAGUGGCCAUUGUUGUCUCUUCUGAAUCAGCUGAUGAUUCUGAAGACGCGGUUUCUGAACAUGCUUCCAUACUUUCCCACCUUCCGGAACAUGUCGAUCCUGAUGCCACCAGAGUCUUUGUUCUGAUUUAUGCGCCGGAUCUGAAGCAUUCAAUCAGCAGUCAAAACUCGCUAUCUCGGCCAGCCCCGUCGAUUGCUUCAUCUUAUUCCAACAUUGCACCCGAAGAGGCAACGGCGUCGGGCGAGCUCCCUGACGCUGAACUGUCAACGGUCGAACCAAAGCCUACAGACGAGUUUGAAGGGGCCACUCCUUUCUUCAAGAUUCUGUACCGUCAGGCUCAGACCCUAGUCGAGAAGGAGACCAUGAUCAUGCCGUUCAGCACGCGGACAGGCCAUGUCCAUUUGAUCAGGCACUUAUCCCCGGAUCUUGUUUACAUUCAAGAGUCUCUUACUGGCAAUGAAGGUGAUGCCGUGCAUCACAUUUCUGGCUGGGUCAGACAGGUGGUAGUUGUGGUUGGCGAUGAAGGGGGCCGUGGUGGUCUCAUUGACAGUGAUGACGAGUCGGCUCUUGGCGAAAAGAGUGAAAAGUGGUGGCAGAAGGAGGGUGUCACCGGCUUGGGCAAGCGCAUCGAUGUGGUCGAUGUCCUGCGGACCGGAGACGACUGGAGACGGAGGGUCUCUGGUCAGGAUUAAUAAAUUUUUAUGAUGAUGAGUCCGCGGGUUAUGCUCCAUCCUUCCCUCGGAUAUGGCUCUCUGGUUUUCGCUGAUGAUUGCUGUAUUGAUCUUUCCUUUGAUUCCCCUCGAUUUAUGCACAUAACGCGACCUGUACUUUUGAUGCUACUGGCGGUCUUUUCGAAAGUGACCCGUGCCUUUGUAUUUUGAUACCUUGUUCGUCUCCUAAAGAUAUAGCAAUAUAGCAAUAAUAUAAAAAUUAAACUUGAUUGAGUCGUAGAUAUAUUGGGCACGAGUUUGAGCGUUGUAGUGUAGUUUGGACAUUGAUAGCAGUUUAUAGGGAAAUUUCCGAGAUCAUAAGAUAUAAAUAGAUAAAUAUAU